UAUUAGUCUCUUUGCAUUACCAAAAUUCCUUCCCCGUCAAGGAGGGGACGUUGGACAAUGGCGGACACAUGUGGCCAAGUACUCCUAGGGUCUGGGCUGACUGUCCUUUCCCACCCUCUUAUGUACAUCAAGGUUUUAGUACAGGUGGGACAUGAACCUCUUCCACCCACUCUAGGAAGAAAUUUGUUUGGCAGACAGGUGUAUCAGCUUCCAGGGCUAUUCGCAUAUGCUAAACACAUAAUAAAGAUUGAUGGAAAAUCUGGCCUGUUCAACGGUCUCGCCCCCAGACUUUGUGCAGGGACCAUUGGCACCAUUGUUCACAGUAGAGUGUUGCAGAAAUCCCAAGAGAGCAAAUUUGAGGUCGUGGGUGGCGGGCGGAAAGCAGAGGAGGGCUCAUUGCAGCAUGUUGUCAAUGAGACAACCAGGGAGAUGAUAGCACGCUCCUGUGCCACAAUAGUCACACACCCAUUCCAUGUAAUCACCCUUAGAUGCAUGGUCCAGUUUAUUGGAAGAGAAGCGAAGUACAGUGGUGUCUUUGACUCCAUCAUCACAGUCUACAGAGAAGAGGGAAUCCUUGGAUUUUUUGCUGGUCUCAUUCCUCGUCUUCUUGGGGAUGUUCUCUCUCUGUGGAUCUGCAACAUGCUCGCUCAUCUCAUCAACACAUACGCAAUAGAUGACUCAAUGAGUCACACAAGCGAGAUUAAGAACUGCUCUCAGGCUGUGACUGGGUUUUUGGCCAGUAUGCUGACUUAUCCAUUUGUGUUGGUGUCUAACCUGAUGGCAGUCAAUAACUGUGGGUUGGCUGGGGGUCUACCUCCCUAUGCUCCCAUCUACCCUACUUGGCUUGACUGCUGGAGUCACCUGAGCCGAGAGGGCAAUAUGAGCAGAGGCAACAGUUUAUUCUUCAGGAAGUUACCAGUGGGGAAGACAUACGCCAUUGACCAGAAGCGCUUUUUCUGAAUAGGAUGCUAACAGUAUAGUCUUUAAUUGUGAUAAUAUAAAUGAGAUGGCCCGAUGGCCUGGGUCGGGGAACUCCUAAUUCUUUGUAUGCACUUGUUUACGAUAACAGACUUUUUUUUUCCUUUUGGAAAAUCAGUCUUUGUCAGCUUCCAAAAUAAUUGUUCAUUUUUUUCCCAUUAUUUUCACUGCAGGUUGCUUUCAUUUGGAAACAUAAAGAGCUUUAUUUUAAUAUGUAGAGAUUUGUAUACAUACCCAGACAAAAUAGACCUCAAUGUUAGUGUUUUAAAAUCAAGUGGGCUGUAGACAGGAAACUAUGAAUGUGCUGGCCUCCUCCAUGUACCUCCCUCUGAAAAAUAAGAAUAAAGUAAUAGAUUUAAUAAAAAUGUAAAAAGAAGGGUUAAACUCUGCCACCUGAUUUCUGACAUUAUAGCAAUUUAUCAUUCCUAUUAUCCCCAUUGCUUCAUGUUUCUGAUUGGAAGGUGCUUAUCAAUUAAGAUGUUUUUGUCUCCUAGCCGUCAUCCAUGUUGACUGACUGACUAAAUGAUGGAUUAAAUAGAGAAGUUCCUCCUGUGCUGGCACUGUGCAUGUAGCUGUUGAAAUGAGUUUUGUUAAACGGCAGCCCAGCUGUCUGCCUGCGUGUGCCCACAUGUGUUUGUGCACGUGUGUGUCUGUGUCCUCACGCAGCCCGAGGCGCUGAGACUCACCUGGCUCACCUGAGUGUGGGUCAAGGUUUAGGCCAUGGAGAACGCACCCACAAACUGCUGAGCCAGGUAGGAGUCCCUCCAGUCCGAUGGCAUGAGUGAGACGGCGUGAAACAUCUCCCCCGCUCUCCUCGGCUCCUUACCUGUUAAGACGCAUUCGGGCCGUAUAUUUGUAUUAACGUUCUGAUUGAUCCAAAUAAAUUUAAAUAUGCCUUUU